AUGACGCAGACCAGCUCAUCGACACCAUUUUCGGUCAAGGAUAUUUUGAAGAUGGAACAGCAGGCUGGCUCGAAAAAGGACAUAUUGAUAGCUGAUCAAGUGACACAAGUGCAUCUUCACAACUUGCAACAAACUCAAAAGGAGCUUUUCACACGCUACGCAGCGGUGGACGAUGAGUCGACAAAACGUGAAACUUGUAUGCAGAGCAAAGGAGAUGCCAAAGGAGCUCGGCCCUCUCGCAGAAGGCCACGCGUGCUCUUCUCACAGGCUCAGGUGAGCGAGCUGGAGAGUCGCUUCCGCCGCCAGCGCUACCUGUCGGCGGCGGAGAGGGAGCAGCUGGCUCUCGUUAUCAAGCUCACAUCCACCCAGGUCAAGAUCUGGUUCCAGAACCGCAGGUACAAGUGCAAGCGCCAAAGUCAGGACAGGAAUCUGGAACUGGUACCCAAAAGGCUGCCCGUGCCGGUACUGGUCCGCGACGGGAGGCCGUGCGGGGCGAGAUCCCUUCUCCCGCCUGCUCACGAUGCAGUUUUGGGCCAUUACAACAACAUGGUUAGAUAUGGAUACACCGAAGAGUACGGUUGGAGUUACUACAGUGUGUCUGCUGAUGUCAAAAACACAGAGGGGGGCUUCGUGUGUGCACUGGAGGCUCUCAGAGGCUGCUGA